UCUCUCUCUCUCUCCCCCUCCCCCUCCCCCUCCCUGCGCGAUCCAUUCCAUUUCUCGCUUCGCCGAAUCCGCCAUUGUCAAUUCGGAGAAUCCCAUCCGCGAGUUCUCCGACAUUACCCGUUUCAGGGAACUCAGGUCUCUCGUUAUGGCGGAAAUGCUGGUUCCGCCGUGGCUGGAGCCACUGCUGAACACAGCCUUCUUCUCCGUCUGCCGGAUUCACGGCGACGCCGCCAGAAGCGAGUGCAAUAUGUAUUGCUUGGACUGCAACAAAGACGCCUUCUGCUUCUACUGCCGCUCAACCAGACACAACGAUCACCAAGUUAUCCAGAUAAGGAGAUCGUCGUACCAUGAUGUGGUGAGGGUUUCGGAGAUUGAGAAUGUAUUGGACAUAAGUGGAGUUCAAACGUAUGUGAUAAACAGCGCGAGGGUUUUGUUCUUGAACGAAAGGCCUCAGCCGAAGUCUGGCAAAUCGGUUUCUCACAUUUGUGAAAUCUGCGGGAGAACCCUCUUGGACCCAUUUCGCUUCUGUUCUUUGGGCUGUAAGCUUGUAGGAAUCAAGACAAAUGGAAAUGCAAGGUUCAGCUUGGAGGGCAACAAUGUCGGGCAACUGGCGGAGAGGUCAAGAGGUGAAGGGAUGUCGUCAAGGAGAUUAUCAUCAUCAUCAUCAUCAUCCUCAUCCUCAUCAAGAAGAGGAGAAAAGGCACUGCUUGAAGGUUCACAGCAACAAGACACGUUCCCUCCGGCAGCGGCGACGGCUGCUCCACCACCUCCUCAGCCGAGUGCAAGAAGAAGAAAGGGAAUCCCGCACAGGGCACCUUUUAAAGCCUAAUCAUGCAAGCAAAGCGAAAGCCCCUUGCAAAACUUGGCCAUGAAAAAGCUCCCCUCUUUUUAUGCCUCUUUGCCCCAAAACCCCAACAGCAGCAAUUGUAGAUCAAUAUUCCUAAGAUAUUUCUCUUUUUUUAAAAACUCAUUUUGUGGCUUUAGGAUUGUUACCAAGUAUAUAUAAAAGCAUCAUCAUCAUAUAUAUAA